AUGGGAGUAAGUGUGGGACAGCCUGCGCCGAGCACCUGGAAAUCUGCGCUACUGGUAACGUUAAUUUGUUUGGGGAACAUCGUUAACGUAUCUUCCGUCAUAGUGUCGACGACGAACGGACGCAUCCGUGGGCAAACUAACACGUUCUUGGACAAGCAAAUACAAGUUUUCCUUGGAGUUCCAUAUGCUAAAGCACCAAUCCGUGAGCUACGUUUCCAAAAGCCACAGCUUCCGGACUCGUGGGAUGGCAUCUACGACGCAACUUCCGUGAAAGAUUCCUGUAUGCAGGCACGAAAUCCUCGGAUCUUCCCUAUACCGACGCCGCUUUCCGAAGACUGCUUGUACCUCAACGUCUGGACUCCAAACGCGUCACAAGGAGCGGAUCUUCCAGUCUUGGUAUGGGUUCACGGCGGGAUAUUCAAGAUAGGUUCGGCCUACGAAAGCAGGUACAAUGCUACUGCCUUAUCCGCUCUCAAUAAUGUCGUCGUGGUGACAUGUAACUUUCGACUGUCUAUAUUUGGUUAUUUGGACAUAGAGUCAGAAAAUAUUUCGGGCAACGUGGGUCUGUGGGACCAAUUGUAUGUGCUACAGUGGGUGCAGGAUAACAUUUUAGCCUUUGGUGGAGACCCGAAUUUGGUAACUGUAUUUGGGGAAAGCUCUGGUGCUAUGAGCGUUCAUAAUAUAUUGCUGUCGCCGUACAGCUCCGGCCUAUUCCGUCGCAUUUUUCUCAUGAGCGGAACACAGAGCAUGGACAGCACCGUAGAUUCUAUGUGUGAAAGUACCAUGAAGGGUAAUGCCGCUGCUAAAGCUUUGGAUUGCGCAGACCCCUUCAAGGAUUUGGAAAAUCACCCGGAGGUGGUGCUCGACUGUCUUCUAGGGAAAUCGGCUGUGCAAGUCAGUGAGGCUGCCGAAAACGUGACAGCGCCGAAAGUCAUAGCUUUUCUGCCCACCUUCGGGACAGAAUUUUUACCAGAAUUACCGUCUGUUGUUGCAGACCAAGGACGAUUUCGCCCCGUUGAUGCGAUGGUCAGCGUUACCGCAAACGAAGGAGCAUUUGCAUUUGUCCUGCAACCAGAUACUGAGCUUCUGUGGGGCGAUUUUACUGGCAGUAACAGAGACGACUUGAAGAACAUGUUAUAUGAGAUCCUAUCAUCGUGGCUCAAGGAUAAAAUGCUUCCAUUGGCCGAAGUCUACUUGAAUGCAGUUUCUCCCGGGGACAAUGCUGAACUGAGACAAGCAGUGGCGGAUUUCAUCGGCAAUCACUACUUCUACUGCCCGAGCAGAUUUUUUGCCGAGUUACAUACGGCGAAAGGUGGCAAUGUGUACUCUUUUGUGUUCGGUCAUAGGUCUCAGAAAUCUGACAUGCCAGAGUGGGUUCGAAACACGCAUAUGGAGGAUAUACCGUAUGUGCUCGGAACACCCUUUCUAGAGGAGGCCAACUACACAGAAGAUGACCGGAAGUUCAGCGCUUUCAUGAUGAAGGCUGUUGUUUCAUUCGCACGAGAGGGGUAA